GUGACUAUUAUUUCUGACAAUUCGUACCCAAGUGAAGCAAGCAAAGUAUCAAAAGCUAACCAACCAAGCUGUCAAGUCAGAGAGAUUAACUUUCUGGAAUACGAUAUUCUACAAAAUGACAUCUCAAAUAAUCGCUACCCCACCAUCAGUAUCAUGGGCUCAGAGAAGUGCUCGUGUUUUUUUGACAUUUAAUGUAGAAUGUGAGAAACCAGACAUUAAAAUUGAGAAAAAAGCGGUGAUAUUUAAAGGAAUUUGUACACCCGAUCAAAAGUUACACGAAGUAGUUAUAUCGUUAUAUGCCGACAUUGAUCCAGACAAAAGUGCAUACACAAACAAAGGGAGGUUAAUUGAGGUUGUUUUAACGAAAGAAAAAACUGAUCUUCCUUUCUGGCCGGCUCUAACUAGUGACAAAAAGAAACACCAUUGGCUUAAAGUUGACUUCAACCGUUGGCAAGAUGAAGAUGAGAGUGGUGAUGAAAUGGCUGAUAUGAAUGACAUGUUUGCUAGUAAACUGGGAGACUUUGGUGAUGAAAAUGAAAAAGACGACAGCUCGGCUGAAGAAGAAGAUCUUCCUGAUAUAGAGUAAAAGGUCUUCAGUAUUACAUAGCCAAAAAAUUCUGAUAGUUUUAGAAAUUUGUAAUUAUGGACAAUAUUUGCGCUUUUAUACAAGGAAUAGUGUGGUAGUAGUAGCUCCUAAAUGUAUUACAUUUAAGGUAUGUUAAUUUAGGAGUGAGAUCUGCAUUAAAGUUACAUUAGCAUUCAGGUGAUUGUUGAUUGGGCUUCAAAUACUACUUCAUUUUCAAAAACAACUUUCUAUUAAAAGUUAAUUUGGCGAGCUAAAAAAAUAUAACUUAUUAUCAGUUAACAAUACUUUACUUUUAUAAAUUAGAUUCAUUGGUGCUUAUAAGUAUGUUUUAUUAAUGAAAUAGUUUGAAUUCUCUGAAAAUCUUAAACAAAACUGUUCAUGGGCCUGUACUUUGUACCUCUUAUGCAUUAUUCUUUUAAGUAUUUGUCAAUGUAUUGUUUUAUUACUUUGUUUGUGAACAAACUAAUUUUAAAGCAUCGUCUUUUUACACUAUGUUAAUGUGUGACUACAUUACCAACCACUGUCAGGAAGUGCAAUUUAAAGUGAACAUUUAAAAAUUAAUUCACCAUUUUGGUUAAUAAACUAAAACUAAAAUAAAGAAAUGAAGUCACAUAAUUUUUAUUUUACAUUUUUGUGUGUGCACUUAUUUUUAUCAAAACACUGUCAACAAUUAAUAAUGUACAUUCCAAAGAUUAAACUAUGGCUGCUAUC